UAUGCUAGAUCUUUUAUUACAACUGAUAUACAUAAACGUUUACAAUCGUGUCCAAUUUGAAAGAAAGUAUUAAUGAAAAUGGAAAUGUUCCACAAGGAGUCUAUGGGUUUUUUUAAUUCAAAUUGAAUUUUGAAAAAAAAAUAACAGCCCAUUUUUACCAAGACAGAGGAACUAAGGGGACUAAGGUGACUAACUAAGGGGACUAAGGGGACUAACUAAGGGGACUAAGGGGACUAAGCUGACUAACUAAGGGGACUAAAGGGACUAAGGGAACUAAGGGGACUAACUAAGGAGACUAAGGGCACUAAGGGGACUAACUAAUCGGCCUGAGGGUAGGAAUAAUGGUGUACACAGAGACGUGCAUGGGUCGCGGCUCUUCGGGGGGCGCUUCGCUCCCCCACGCCGCGACGCCGAAAUAAAAGGUGUGUUAGGUGGGGAAACACGCUUCCUCACUGAAUAGUCCGCUUAGUCCUCUUAGUCCCCUUAGUCCCCUUAGUCCCCUUAGUUAGUCCCCUUAGUCCCCUUAGUUAGUCAGCUUAGUCCCCUUAGUCCCCUUAGUCCCCUAUUUCAAUUUGAAAUCAAGUGCUCUUUUUUCUUUUUAAAUUCAGAUUGAAUUUAAAUAACCCAUUGUAUGAAAUUCCAUGAGAUCAAGUUGGUAUGUUUUUUUUCUUUCUUUCAUGAUCUUAAAUGAUAAGCAAUUAAUUGAUUUGUUUUUUUUUUUGUUGAAGAUGCUGAAUAUAUUGUUGAAUUAACUGGUGUACUUACAACAAUUGAUCAAUGUCAAUCACAUUUACAAGCUGGUGCUAAAAAAGUUAUUAUUACAGUAUCAUCAGCUGAUGUUCCCAGGUGA